UUCUGGGUGUAACAAAUUGUCUGUGCAGAACGGAACGUUGGUGGCUUGGACCGGCUUGCUCAUAGAAAUGGACUUUUAGCCAAUUAAGAGGCACGUCAUAGCAUCGCUUACACAUCCCACCACAUCACAGCAUCUUCCACAUCCACCCGUCAUCAUAGGUGUCAUGGCCCUGCCGUCGAUCUCAACGCUGUUGGGCGUGGCAUUUCUCGCCUAUAUAUCGCAUUCCAUCUAUCAGAUGUCGCAGCUAUUUACUACGCUCCAAUGCAGCAGUACGCCAUGUUACACCUCAUUUCUGGCGGACCGGCCACGCUUGCAAUUGGCUUUAUUCAGCUCGCAAACCCGCUCACCCCUGGCCAGCGAGGUUAAGGAUCUGUACAAAACAAAGCGUUUCGAUUAUACACAUCCCUUCGAGCAUGACUUUGAAGUGGAUGUGCCGCUCAAGACGCGUCGCAAUGGCACAAUGUAUAUGCAUGUUGUCCUAGCUCUCGAGGGGGAACCUCUCGAAUGGCGAACAUUGCGACGGGAUGGACCCACCGUGAUUCAUACACUUAGUUUGACAGACUAUAUGGUUCCGCGGGCAGAGGCAUUUCAGCUGCUGGGCGAGGCAGAGAAGUCGAAGACUAAGAAACCAAAAGGCACAGAUAAAGGCAGCGAUUCCACCGGCAGUACCAGUUCGUCCAAGGCCACCACACACUUACGUUCCAAUAUCUACGUUAGCCUGCUGACCGAUCUGUUCUCUGUGUCACAAGCGGAUGUGCCGCCUGAAUUGGCUCCACUGAUACGAGUGAAUCGAAUGCAACAGAUUCUGCCCAUUGUACAGACGGACACAUUUAAUACACGGCUCAAGGAUCUGGUGGCCAUCUCUAGAAAUACAACCGAAUUUACAUUUAGCUUCCAUUACAAGCCCGUGGGUGUGGGUAAAUUGCGUCUCAUGCUUCUCAUGGAACAUGCCACGCAGGCGCUACUUACCAUUGGCUUCGCCACCAAGGAUAUUGACGAAGUUAAAGGCAUUUUCUCGGAUACGAAUGUCUAUCUACUGUGCGGCACCAUUUUCGUUUCCAGUAUUCAUAUGCUUUUCGAUUUUCUCAGUUUCAAGAAUGAUGUGGCCUUUUGGCGCAAGAAGCAAUCCUAUGAGGGUCUGUCCACUCGCACCACAAUGUGGCGAGCCUUCAGUCAGUUUGUCAUCUUUCUCUAUUUACUGGAUGAGAAUACCUCAUAUUUGGUUCUUGUUCCCGUGGGCCUGGGCACUCUCAUUGAAUUUUGGAAGUGCAAAAAGAUUCUGCGUUUGCAUCUGAGCUUUAGCAGUUUCAUUGGCCGUAAACUAGAGUCAACUGGACAUUUGGCCGAAGUGCAAACCGAUCAAUUCGAUCGACAGGGCAUGCGCUACUUAAGCUAUCUACUGUAUCCCCUGUGUCUGUGUGGAGCAGUCUACUCGCUGAUCUAUCAACCGCAUCGCUCUUGGUAUUCCUGGACCCUCAACUCCCUGGUGAAUGGUGUCUAUGCGUUCGGUUUUCUCUUCAUGUUGCCGCAAUUGUUUGUCAACUACAAACUCAAAUCGGUUGCUGCCUUGCCAUGGCGUGCCUUCAUGUACAAGGCGUUUAAUACAUUUAUCGAUGACUUCUUUGCCUUUAUCAUUACAAUGCCAACGGCCCAUCGUGUUGCCUGCCUGCGAGAUGACAUUGUCUUUCUCAUUUACUUAUAUCAACGCUGGCUAUAUCCCGUCGACAAAAACCGUCUAGAUACUGGCCUAGCCAUUGAGGAGACUAAACAAGAGACUCAAGACAAAUCCGCCGCCAAUCGAAGCAAGAAACGAAACUAGAAUUAUUUUUUAUCCAUCCAGUUUUUUUUUUAACAACAUUCCGUCUAUAUAUGAUAUAGAUUAUAGUCAAUUUUAAGGUCCAAAAUAAAAAAAAAAAACCCCGUCUUUUGUUUUGAAAAUCUAAUGUAAUGAAAGAAUGAAUGUGAACAAAAAACAACAACUAGUAAAUGCAAUAAAACGAGGACCUAAAUGAGCGAUGAUUGAUUUUAAAAA